GCGGUGAUGGUGGAACCAGGUGGGGAAAAUCGCGGCGUUUGAAACAAGACCAUCGGCCGACGUCGGCAAGUUCAUACAUACUGUAUCCGCCUUCGACGCCGCUUGUGUCUCGCGACGAUACCAACGUUUCGUUUUUCUUUCACUUAUAACGCGCGGGAAGUUAGUACAUUAACGGACACCUGUUGCAUUCACCUCAUUCGAUUCACCAGUGCAGCCGACGCCGAGCAACCGCGAAAGACUUCCGAGGACAGGUCCCUUUGAUCGUUCGUUCGAGUGAAUAUAACGGCUCCAGUACAUAUUCGCAAACACUAGCGCUGCUGUAAAAACAAGAGACUUCUAGAGGUUUGUGAAUAUUAAACGGGACAAAAUCUACCACCUAAACGAGGUGCAAGGAACGUUAAAUCACGUAUUUACAUAGCAAACAUGUCUACUUCACUGAAAUUGGCGGACGACCAGCGAUUCGCACUAAUGAAAUUCAGACGAGCCGUGCAAGAUAUCUUGCAAGCGCAGCACGAUGACUAUUUUCUGCUUCGUUGGUUGAGAGCAAGAAAAUGGGAUUCGAAUGCGGCAGAAAAGAUGUUGAGAGACUCUAUAGAAUGGCGGAAGAAGUGGGAUGCUGAUAAUUUAUCCAAUUGGAAUCUCUCUCAAAAAGUAUUAAAUUUCUUUCCUUAUGGACUGAGCGGAUUCGAUAAAGAUGGUGCACCAGUAAUCAUUGUUCCGUUCGCCGGGAUGGACAUGUUUGGAAUGUUGCAAGUGAUAACUCAGCAGGAUUUCGUCAAGAUCAUGGUAAAGCUUUUGGAUGACUUUCUGAGACUAGCCAGAGAACAAUCCAAGGUGCACGGGGAAGUCGCUAAUCAAUUAACCGUUAUCUUUGACAUGGAAGGAUUCAAUCUGAAGCAAUACUUGUGGAAACCAGCUGGCGAAUUAGUUAUCAAGCUUCUCCAGAUGUACGAGGCAAAUUAUCCCGAGAUUUUAAAGAUAUGCUUCAUUAUUAAUGCGCCGAGAGUUUUUGCAUUUGCUUUCGCCAUUGCCAAGAAGUUCCUGAACGAGUACACAUUGUCAAAGAUACAGAUUUAUAAAAGUGAUCCGGCGAAAUGGAAAAAGGCAAUACUCCAGACCAUACCGAGAAAUCAGCUUCCUGUUCAUUUCGGCGGUACACUGUGCGAUCCGGACGGCAAUCCAAGAUACACUUCUAAAAUUUGUCAAGGUGGUAAAAUACCGAAAGACAUGUAUGUCAAGAAUUCGGAGAAGAUCAAUCAGGAUUACACUACUGUCGUCGUACGAAAAGGCGGAAAACUGGAAGUCGACGUGUGCACGUCCGAAAGCGGUUCUUUAUUAAGCUGGGAAUUUUGGAGCGAGGGUCACGACAUCAAGUUCGGAAUCCUGAAAAAAGACGCAGAGAACGGCAAGCGAAUAGAGAUCAUACCUCUUCGAAGAGUCGCAUCUCACCAGUCGGAUGAAAUGGGAGUAUUGACUUGUGAAGAACCAGCCACUUAUUCUGUUGUUUUUGAUAAUACUUAUAGUAUACUGAGAAAUAAAAAGGUUCAUUAUGCCGUACGUAUACUCGCACCGACGGAAAUAGAAAGGGAAACAUUAGUUGCAUAAAAAA